AUGAAUGGAACUGUGGAAGCUGCUAAUAAGAACAUCAAGAGGAUACUGAGAAAGAUGAUUGACAACUACAAAUGUUGGCAUGAAAAUUUGCCUUAUGCUUUGCUAGAAGCAGUGAUACCAGCUGAAGUUGAGAUACCAUCUUUAAGGAUUGUUCAGGAAGCUGAAUUGAGUAAUGCCGAGUGGAUUCGUGAUCGAUAUGAGCAAUUAGCAUUGAUUGAUGAGAAAAGAAUGAGUGUUGUUUGUCAUGGUCAGUUGUAUCAACAGAGAAUGACUCGCGCUUUCAACAAGAAAGUAAGAGUUCGAACAUUUGAGGUAGGCCAAUUGGUGUUGAAACGCAUUUUCCCUCAUCAAGAGGAAUAUAAAGGGAAAUUUGCACCUAACUGGCAAGGACCGUAUGUUGUCCACAAAGUACUAUCAAGAGGAGCUUUGGUUCUAACAGAGAUGGACGGUCAGGUGUGGCGCAAAGCUAUCAAUUCAGAUGCCGUCAAGAGAUACUACAUUUGA